AAGAGCUCGCGUGUGAUGUGUUUGGGUAUCCUCAGUGUUUUUCUCUCUUGAGUGUUUUAUUGAGUGUAAACAGAGUCUUGUCUCUGUGUAUUUUAGUGUUGAUGAUGAGAUGGAUGUGAUGUGCUGUAAAUCAGGAACUGAUCAGGGCUUACAGGAUGAGGAAUCUACUGAUCAAACCUCCACAGAGUCUCUGGAUUCUGUCUGGAACGCUGGAGAACAGCAGCAGAUCCUGCAGACCAAACUCAAGAUGUGUUCAAUCAAACUCAUCGACUUCAGGAACCUCAUGAUGAAGAUGAAAAGAGAAACCACAGCAGAAGAUGAUCACACUGAGGAAGAGGACAGUCAUGAUGAUGACAAUGAUGAUUUUAUUCCUUCAGAUGUGAAGGGAGAAGAACUGAAGAAGAAGAAGAAGAAGUUGUUUCACUGUCAGCAGUGUGGCAGGGAUUUUGUCUUCUUAUCUCAUCUGAAAGUUCACAUGAGGACACACAGUGAUGAAAAACCUUUCUACUGCACUGAAUGUGGCCAUUACUUCAGCACCAAACACAGUCUUGAUUCUCAUAAGAGAAUUCACACAGGAGAAAAACCAUACGAGUGUCCUCACUGUGAGAUGAGAUUCAACCGGAAACAUCAUCUAACGAAACAUGUGCGUUCACAUACCAAAGAGAAACCCUAUCAGUGCCGUGAAUGUGGAAAAACAUUUAGGGAUUCAAGCUCUUUAAAAUCACAUGAAAAAAUGCACACUGGGGAGAAAUCCUACCAAUGUUCACACUGUGAUAAACGUUUUUGUCAUAAAUAUCAGCUGGUAUACCACAAGAGAAUUCACACUGGAGAGAGACCUUACUUCUGCUUUUACUGUGGUGAGAGCUUCUCUGAUCCAAGUACUUUUUCAUUUCACAAGAGAAUUCACACUGGACAGAAACCUCAUCACUGUAAUGUCUGUGGGAAGAGUUUCAGUCGCCAUGGCACGUUAGUGAGACACUUGAGAACUCAUACAAGAGAAAGACUUUACAAAUGUUCUCAGUGUGAGAAGACGUUUGCUCGACCAGAUGUCCUGAGAAAACAUCAGCGAGUUCACACUGGAGAGAAACCUUACGUCUGCUCUCACUGUGGAAAGAGAUUCAGUGAUUCUGGAAAUCUUCAGAAACAUCAGAAGAAACAUACUGAAGAACAAACUACACUGAAAUAAUUGUAGUGUCUCAAUCUGUAUGUCAGUCAAACCCAGAGUGCUUUCUGUCAGUAGAGGUCAAUGUCACAGAGUUUUUAUCAAGAGUAUUUAUGUGGAUUGGAGUAUGGAGCCAGUUAUUUCUGAUUUUAAUUUUUUCUUCUUUUAUGCAAGAAUAAUCUUAUUAAACAUAUUUGCCAACACCAGACAAAACUCCGGGUUGUAGAGAGAAAAUGACACAUCAUCUUGACUUCAGUAAAUAUUGGUCAAUACUCAUUUUCUGUGAGAAAACGUCUUACUACACAUCUAAGAGAUCCGAGUAGAAACAUACAUCUGUGUUUUUUUACUUUGUUAUUAAUUAAAUUAUACAUAUUUUCUUUCUACCUCUUACAAAUUUUUAUUUUAAAUUCAUUCAUUCAUUCUAUCAUUCACUUUUAUUCUUAUUUUUAUUGUUCUUUACUUUUAUUUAUAUUGAGUCAUUCGAAACCACUCUAUUUUAUAUUAUGGCAGUAAAGAUUUUAAUAAAACAUAUAAUUUGAUAUCACAAAAAAUGAAAAUUAACAUAAUUGUGUUCUGCUGAUAAUCUUAUUACCAUAACAUUUCCCAAUAUAUGUUGUAAUUUAUCAGAGUACAAUAAAACAAUCUAAUAAAAAAUGGAUGACACAUGACAUGUUCUCAUUCUUAGUAUCAUUUUAAAAGUUUACAUGUACACACAGAUAUUUACAUUAAAUUU